AUGAACCAACCUGACAUCGUGGUGGUGGACAAAGGGCAGAGGACAGCCGUGGUGGUGGACAAAGGGCAGAGGACAGCCGUGGUGGUGGACAAAGGGCAGAGGACAGCCGUGGUGGUGGACAAAGGGCAGAGGACAGCCGUGGUGGUGGACAAAGGGCAGAGGACAGCCGUGGUGGUGGACAAAGGGCAGAGGACAGCCGUGGUGGUGGACAAAGGGCAGAGGACAGCCGUGGUGGUGGACAAAGGGCAGAGGACAGCCGUGGUGGUGGACAAAGGGCAGAGGACAGCCGUGGUGGUGGACAAAGGGCAGAGGACAGCCGUGGUGGUGGACAAAGGGCAGAGGACAGCCGUGGUGGUGGACAAAGGGCAGAGGACAGCCGUGGUGGUGGACAAAGGGCAGAGGACAGCCGUGGUGGUGGACAAAGGGCAGAGGACAGCCGUGGUGGUGGACAAAGGGCAGAGGACAGUCGUGGUGGUGGACAAAGGGCAGAGGACAGUCGUCGUGGUGGACAAAGGGCAGAGGACAGCCGUGGUGGUGGACAAAGGGCAGAGGACAGCCGUGGUGGUGGACAAAGGGCAGAGGACAGCCGUGGUGGUGGACAAAGGGCAGAGGACAGCCGUGGUGGUGGACAAAGGGCAGAGGACAGCCGUGGUGGUGGACAAAGGGCAGAGGACAGCCGUGGUGGUGGACAAAGGGCAGAGGACAGCCGUGGUGGUGGACAAAGGGCAGAGGACAGCCGUGGUGGUGGACAAAGGGCAGAGGACAGCCGUGGUGGUGGACAAAGGGCAGAGGACAGUCGUGGUGGUGGACAAAGGGCAGAGGACAGUCGUCGUGGUGGACAAAGGGCAGAGGACAGCCGUGGUGGUGGACAAAGGGCAGAGGACAGUCGUGGUGGUGGACAAAGGGCAGAGGACAGUCGUCGUGGUGGACAAAGGGCAGAGGACAGCCGUGGUGGUGGACAAAGGGCAGAGGACAGCCGUGGUGGUGGACAAAGGGCAGAGGACAGCCGUGGUGGUGGACAAAGGGCAGAGGACAGCCGUGGUGGUGGACAAAGGGCAGAGGACAGCCGUGGUGGUGGACAAAGGGCAGAGGACAGCCGUGGUGGUGGACAAAGGGCAGAGGACAGCCGUGGUGGUGGACAAAGGGCAGAGGACAGCCGUGGUGGUGGACGUGGCAAUUCCAAGCGAUGGAGUGCACGUGACUGCGGGAUGA